CGCUUAUCUCAGACGGUUCAAUUACAAAUCGGGUCCAGUUGCGUUGAUAGACAUUAACGAAAUUCCUGGGCUGCUGUAUCUAUACCAAGGCAAAAUGGCUUCAUCAUUGGGUGCUCUAAAUCUAGCCCGACUCUCAGCUUCUAGAUCAGCUGCUUCCCUUCUUCAGCGCCGCGCCUUCUCUGGCGCCGCCGAUCACCAUGGACCUGCAAAGGUUGACUGUUGGAAAGCCCCCAUGAGUCCUUCUACUUGGAAGGAAGAGCAUUUUGUGAUCGUCUCUUUAUCUGGAUGGGGCCUGCUUAUCUAUGGUGGGUUCAAAGCUUUCUCUGGAGGCAAGAAGGAAGAGAAAUUGGUCGAGGCAGCGAACUAGAGUUUGGGGUGCAGCGGCAUACUUUUCUAAAUUCUCUUCCCAAUAAUGUAUUUACUUUAAAGUAAAAUCCUCAACAAUCUUGUUUAAAUUUUGUCUGAGGGCAGCGAAAGAGUUGCUCUCAUUGUUUACUAGUAUGGCCAUGGAAUGCCAUUUGAUCAACAUGUGAUGCUAUUAGUUUACCAUUACAAGACAAUUCAGUUUCUUCCUAA